UCAUCUUACUUACAGAAGAUCUUCGGAGCGCAGGUCCUCUCCCCUCAGCUGACAAACCAGGACCAGCUGUCAGGCAGAUUUUUACCGUGUACCAGCCGGUGUGACCUCCAUCACUACUGUCAUCCACACACGGAUUAAGAAAUGGCACGUUUUGCGGGAUGCUAACAUGUUCUGAUUCACCCUGCGAGCGAUGAAUGAACCGAGCACCGAGCGGACCGGACCGGCGGAGGUUCUGUUGACGUCGGGCUGCGGAGCUCCGCUUGUCGGGCUGGCCGGAGGAUGGAGCCGAGGCUGAUCGGGGAUGGGAAGCCGUCCGUGUCCUGGAUCCUCUGCCCUGUCCUCGUCUUCUCCGUCCUGGCCGUGGUCGUGAGCUGCCAUGGGACGUGCAGACACCGAGUCCCCGCUCCCGACGAGGUCGUCCAUCAUGUUUACCUGAAGCCUGAGCGUCUGACUAAGAGAAGCUCUCCUGAAAACCUUCAGCUGAAGAUAAAAAUAAUCUACGACUACAGCGUGGACCUACUUCCUGCAGACAAGAGACGACUGGUGAAGGAUAAGCUGUUUCCUCAGGCCAUCGAUUACCUGCAGAGAGCCUUCAGCGUGAGGCGCAGAGUCGGGCCAGUGCUGCUCAGCAGACAAUGUGCGACCAACCAGUACCUGAGGAAGAGAGAUGACCCUCACCGAUACUGUCAGGACGCCUGUGCAGACGUCACACGCUGCGGCCCUGUCCUUGUGCCACAGCACCACCUGCAGCAAUGUAAGGUGUGCAGUGAAUCAGGGAAGUCGUGUGGCCCCUCGGGACCCCCAGACGGACCCGGAGUGGCGGGGUCUGACUUUGUGCUCUACGUCAGCGGCAUCACCACGGAGCGCUGCGGGCAGGAAAACAUUGUGGCCUACGCUGCAUACUGCCAGCUGGAGGCCGAGCUGGACAGACCUAUAGCCGGCUAUGCCAACCUGUGUCCCGCCAUGAUCUCGUCUCAGCCUCAGGAGUUUGAAGGGAUGCUCUCCACUGUUAAACACGAGAUCAUCCACGCUCUGGGGUUUUCAGCUGGUCUGUUUGCCUUCUAUCAUGACGAUGAAGGCAGACCUCUGACUCCUCGCUUCACCAGCGGCCUGCCCGCCUUCAACGAGAGUCUGGGUUUGUACCAGUGGAGCGAUGCGGUGAUAAGGAGGGUCAGCCGGCUGUGGGACAUCAGAGGAGGAUCAAUGGUUCGACACCAGGUCCAUGUCCUCGUCACUCCUCGGGUCGUGGAGGAGGCGAGGAGACAUUAUAACUGUCCCAUCCUGGAGGGGAUGGAGCUGGAGAACCAGGGCGGGACGGGGACCGAACUGAACCACUGGGAGAAGAGACUUCUGGAGAACGAGGCGAUGACAGGCUCCCACACUCAGAACCGGGUGUUCUCUCGACUCACGCUGGCCAUCAUGGAAGACAGCGGCUGGUACCGGGCUAACUACAGCCUGGCUCAGAGGCUGGACUGGGGCCGCGGCCUCGGCUGUGACUUUGUCAUGAAGAGCUGCAAGUUCUGGAUGGACAGACAGAGACAGAGGCGACACGCUGUGACUCCGUUCUGCGACACGGUGCGAGCGUCUCCUCUGCAGCUCACCUGCAGACAGGACCAGCUGGCUGUGGCCGUCUGCAACCUGCAGAAAUAUCCCCAGGAGCUGCCACUGGAGUACCAGUAUUUUGACAGGAUCCCCGACGUGUCAGCUGAUCAGUUGUCGUUGUUCGGCGGUGCGGUGGAGAUUGCAGAUUUCUGUCCGUUCAGUCAGGAGUUCAGCUGGCACCUGAGCGGAGAAUAUCAGAGGAACUCGUACUGCAGAGUGACCGAGAACCAGCCGGACUGGUGGAGGAACUACGGGGCGGAGCAGUACGGUCCCGACUCGGUGUGCUUGUACCAGAAGUCGGCGUUCGUUAUGGAGCAAUGCACGAGGAAGAUGACUUACCCAGACUGGGGCUCCGGCUGCUACAAGGUGCUGUGCUCGCCACAGGGCCUGACCGUGUACGUUCAGGACCGUUCCUUCCUCUGCGUUCGUAAAGGUCAGCUGCUGAGCGUCAGUGUGCGGGUCAACGACUGGGUUUAUAACGGCGUGCUCGUCUGCCCCGCCUGCACCAGCUUCUGUGAAGACUGCCCCCUCCCCCACCAGAUCCCGCCCAUCAACGCCUCCAGGAGCAACCCCAUUGACCCCUGCUCCAGCUCUCCUGGUCUGGCCUUCACUCUGUGGCUCCUCUUGCUCAACCUGCUCCCUCUAGUGGCCGGACUGCUACUCUGCGACUGCAGCUGAUACAUACGCGCACACACACACACACUCACACACACACACACACACACACACACACACACACACACACACACACACACACACACACGCAUGCACACACACACAGGAAGCUGGACCUUUUACAGACAUAAACACUACUUUGUUCCCUGCCAGAGGGAUCAAGACGCCUCCUUUUCUUUCUCAUUCCUCACUCCUUCGUCGUCAUUUCUGAUCUCCUUCAUUCCUUCCUCAGGACUUUUCCUCCUUUCCUUCUUUCCUCAUUCCUCAGACGACUGUUCCUUCGUGUCCCACCUCCUGAGACACAUCUGAAGCUGCAUUCAGGUGUCACUCGCUGAAUCACUCCUCAGCUCUGUCUGUCCCUGAGUGGCAGCAGACAGGUUUUUACCUAGAAUGCACAGCUCUCCCCCUGAUGGGCUCAUCAUACAAACCAAAAUCAGGAUUUUUCCUUCAGACAGAAAAUGACUUUCCUUGUUUUUCCUAAACGUACGUGAGGAUCAGGAGGGACAGAUUGGUCACCCUCACUGCGUCUCAGAUCAAACCAGGAGGAUGGUUUGGAUCUUGUUCCCGGGUGCUCGCUGACUCUUUAAAAAGAUUCUUUCUGUUUUUAAAAACAAGUGACCGCUCCAGACUCCAGAGAGGUCAGUGCACUUCAUCUCAGCAUCAGGACCUGUGCAGUGUGGGGUCACCUGGUGGCUGCAGGAGGUAACUGCUCCUAUUUUAAAUCUUUCACCCUGAGAACUUGUGACGUUAUUAUGACACUUUUUAUGGGCAGGUGUGGGCGGAGCUUAGCUCUCAGGCAGGUGUGCUGAAUGUGAGGCAGGUCUGCUGCAUCACUGUGUCAGGUGUUUUUAUUUUUUAAUCUACUACAGACUUCACCUCUUCCUCUGAAACGUUUAGUUUUCUACACAACAAACAAAAAAGCACCUUUGGUGCUCAAAGGUCAAAGUUCAGUUUUAAACAUCAGCUCAGAUUUCUCUCUAAAUUAACGUGAAACGUGGCGACAGCGGUUGUCAUGGUAGCAGCUUUUUACACUUUGAUAUGAUUCUCUUAAAAAUCUAACGAUAUCGAUACCUGUUUGUUACCACGGCAACAAAAACUCCUAGACACACAACAUUAGUGUUUUUAAUCACCAGAUGUUGCAGAUAAAGUUCUUCACAUUGUCCAAAUUGCACAAAGACGUUGGCAAAGCUUCGGUUUGAAACGUUGCCAACGUAUUCAUUCAGUUUAGACGCCGCUCGCUCUCAGAAGAUCUGAAGUAUUUUUGAAUAUUCUGUACUUUCGAUACUAUCGAUCAUUACAGUAACAGAUCGUUUUAAAAGACGUGGAAUCAAAGAGUAUGGAAGUUUCAUAAAUGUUGACGAGCUCAGUGAUGGAACAAAGUGAAGCCGGUAUGGAAGCGUUCAGAGGACGGACAGGUGAGGAAGAAUAAGCCAUGAGAACACGCACCUGCUGCAGGAGCUGUCAAUCAUAGAGAGGUGUCAGGUUUCAGGUGACCAACAAGCCAUAGUUUGAUGAUGCUGAAAUUUUAAGGUGUAAAAGAGAAGCGAGAUAUGAACUCAGUCGUUUGAGGGCCGCAGUGAUUUCUGUCCCCGUUCUCCUCCUCUCUGGAGGUUCAAAGACGAGGUCAUGUCAGAGAGGCUUUUAGCCCUCUCCACAUCUCCACCAGUUUCUGCUCAUAGUGGAGUUGAAUAUCCACUAGUUGUUGCCCUGUAAGUCCUGAAAUCAUACAAUCGACAGGCGUGACAACCUCCGGGUCUCAUUUUAAGCACUCGUGAUUCAAACCACUCAGAAGAAAAUAAAUCUUUAUUUCAAAUGACAUUUCAAAUGUUACCUUUACCUCCAGUCGACAUUCAGACUGUUUGUGACGAUUGUUUGAUGAAGAAAAUCCUGACAGGCAGCUGCUCCUCUUUCAUUUAAAGUUUGAGCUCAUAUUUCUUUUAGAUUUCUGAUCAAAUCAUGUACAUACACA